UAGACAGUGAAAGAACGGUAAUCCCCGUAGGACCGAGUAGGGUGUGUGCUGACCAGUCAAUCCGACAGGUGUGGCUGUUUCUCCUCCGCUGUCCGCUGCGGACACGCCCCCUCUGGUUUCAGGAAGCGGAAGCAGGAAUGUUGCAGUGUUUUCAGAAAAGUUUGGAGAAGUUUGACAGUUUGGAAGCAGAGACACAAACUGCGGAGAAACAUGACGUGUGUUACCUGCUGCUGAUGUUGCUGUAGAGUCGUCAGUCUCCUCUGACUGACUGACUGGCCUCAACCAGACAUACAGAAAGGCAGAUAUGGAGAGUGGAUCUCUGGAAAUGGACACUAGCACUGCUCCAGAUCCCAGGGUGCAGUCAGACCACCGCUUAGCCGGCCUGCGGCGUCGUGCAUGGGCCCAGAGUAGGGACUCCAUGUGGCAAGAAUCAGAAGCAGAGAGCUGUGACCCCCAGGGGCCCCAACAGAAUGUAAUGGAUGGGGAAGAACAAAGACCCUCAGAAGAACCAGGGCGGGUUCCUAACAAGAUCACCAGCUGGCUGAUUGAAUGCAGGACUCCCCUCGGAGCCUCUUUAGAUGAUCAGAGUGCUUCUCCAAGCAGAGGAGUGCUGAAGAACGGCUGCAGCUUUGAAGAUGACCUUUCACUUGGAGCUGAAGCCAACCAUCUUCAGUCCAGUAACAAUAAAACUGAAUCUUGUUUUGGUCUUGGGGCGGAUCAGAAGAGGAGUCAGUAUAAAGAGAGAGCAAGAAGUAUGAACUCCACAGGAUCAGGGAAGAGCAGCACUGUGUCCAGUGUGUCAGAGCUGCUUGACCUGUACGAGGAGGACCCUGAAGAAAUCCUCUUAAAUCUUGGUUUUGGUCGAGAAGAGCCCGACCUAGCUUCAAAGGUUCCCUCCCGUUUCUUCAGCAACUCCUCCACAGCACGAGGCAUCGACAUCAAGGUCUACCUGGGAGCUCAGCUGCAGCGCAUGGAAGUGGAAAACCCCAACUACGCUCUGACUAGUCGUUUCCGUCAAAUCGAGGUCUUGACUACAGUAGCUAACGAGUUUUUCCAGCUCUACAGUCAGGUUUCUGGUCAGCCCGUCCAACGCAUCAGCUCCAGGGACCACGGAGACAGAGGAGAAGAAGGGGGAGAUGAGUCCUCUCCUCCUCUGAGGAGGACAGGCUCGGCUCGAAACGUCGCCAAACUCCUCAAGAAAACCAUCACCAAACACAACCUGUAUGCUGCCGCCGCCUCCGAGUCGCCUGAAGCACACAAGCCUAACCAACACAACCAGCCGAACGGACACGCAACCCCUGAUCACACACACACCAACGGUCACGCACCCCCAGGUCCAGAAGAGGACGGCUGCAGUACCGACUCCGACCAUCAGGCGGAGACUGUCAACCAGAAACACAUGCGCAAGAAAGACAACUAUUCCCUGGCAACGGUUGCCGAGGAAACCAACGGGGAUGGAGACGACAGCCCUGAACAGAGCAAAACCGGACCGGCAGCCAAAGGAGAGCAUCAACCUGAAUCUGACUCUCAGUCAACCAAUCAGAGAAUAGAAGAAGGAUCCCAGGUGGUCAAAGAGGAGGAGGAGGAGAAGCUGACCUCUACCCCAGAGAAAGCCCACCCCACCCUGGCCCCGCUCCAGCUGGCCCAGCUUCGCAUGGAAAACACAGACUCUUUCGACAUGGAGGAGAUUCAGAGUAACGAAGAUGAGGCUCUGCCACCUAAAACUUCCAGAGCCACCGAUCUGUUAAGGACAGUCAGUCAGCAGUCAGACAGCAGUGGUUUUGCUGAGGAGCCCUCCGCCGACUCCAAUGGCUACCUCAAGGUGCAGGAGAGCAGUGACAGCUGUGACAGCGAGACCACUGUGACAUCACACCCCUCACUAGAUGUGACCACGCCCCUUGCAAUGGACCAACCAGCAUUCGAGCUGCCAGAUGGCCGAGAGGAAGAGGCGGGGCCUGGUGGUGCUGCUGAGGCUGAUGGGAGUUCAGAGCAGGUUCCACAGUACUCAGUCCACCACCUCCCAAGGAACAAACCAAUGGAAACGCAGCAGGAUAAGACCCUGGAAGAGGAGCAAGUUGAAAGAGGGGACCGGACUGAUCCUGAACCAGAACCAGAACAGGAGAUUUCCCAGAGUUUGUCCGCUGUAGAACCAGAACCUCAACACACCCAGAACCAGACCGAGACAGCUACAGACACAGAACCACCCACAGAGGGAGUGGGUGCUGAGGACGAGGCCCAAGAAGAAAAUGCAUUCUUGGAGGAUUCUCCACUUAGUCCUCCUCCUGCUCCAUCCUCUCCAGUUCUAAGCGCUCUGAUCCGAGCCAAACGGGGCCAGCUGACCCGGUGUGGGCAGCGGGUUGACCUCCAGUCCGCCGAUUCUCCCCAAAUCCCAGGCAGAGGACGAGGACGAGGAAGACGCGGCGUACCUAUGCAGCGGUCGUCCUCCCUGCCCUCCUCGCUCCUCUCGCCCUCCAGGAUCGUGUCCUCCGUCAGGAUCCAGUUUGGGCGAGGUCAGGCGUCCUGCACGCAGCCCAGGUUCUCCUUCAAAUACAACCAGGAGGACGAAGGGGACGGGGAAGAGGUAGAGGAGGAGGGAGGAAAAGCCAACUGUCUGUCUACUUUGAUUAUAAACCCUGCCUCCUCGUCUGGCCCUAUCAACCAACCAUUAAGGCUUCCCACAGAAGCUCCCAUCCCACCCAAACCUAUCCCACACUACCUGCUGCGGUCAACCUGUUCCCUGCAGAGCUGCAGCCCUCCUCCUGAUUGGUCACCAGGAGGCCCUGCCCACUCCUGGAGCACCCAGAGCGUUCCCGAUCUCUCCUCCAAUCAGCGGCAGCCGGGCCAGUUCCAACAGAACAUUAGCACCAAACAAAACCAGCAAAAUUGGAAUCCAGGACAGUAUGUUAACCCAAGCCCCAAUCCUAGUCCCAGCCUUAACUCCACCCCAUACCCCUUCACUCUGAACCCUCCUCCACACUACCCUGCCCCUCUCCAUCCAUACGCCAGUCUUCCUAACCUCCUUCACCACCACAACUUGUCCCACCAUUCUAGUCUAAACAGUCUCUACCAACCUACAACUCCCACAAUGCCCCAGCAUAACAGCCUCUCCAACUUGCAUCAGCCCUCUACUUCCACGGCACCUCACCAUGUCAAUCUGGGCAGCCUGCAUCAGAGAGCUCCAGCAAUGCACCACCAGGGCUACAAUCAUCUAUACGGCCAUCCGUCACCCUACCAUGCCACUCCUCACGGCGCACAUUUUGCCUCGCCCUACCUCGGCUACCAUGGGUACAACAUAAACCCAAACCUGGCGUUUCCACACCUGGCCCCAGAACACAGCCUCCAUCCAGGGUUUGCUCCUCCUGCUCCAGGUUUCUUCCCAGACCUGGCCUCAACCCUAGGCCCAGGUCACAGCCUCCACCCGGGGCUGGCUCCUUAUGUUGCUCCAGGUCCAGGACCCAGCCAGGGCCCGUCCAGCACUGAGAUGCAGCUGAGGAGAGUUCUGCAUGACAUCAGAGGAACGGUUCAGAGUCUGAGCCAGAACCGAGCCGACACUCCAGACUCGUUCAGGGAGCACAGAGCAGAUCUGCCCAGCCACCAGUCUUUGGCAGAGUUUAAGCAGAAGAAGCAGAGUCUAAACUUGUUCCGCAGUCAGAUGAUGGACCUGGAGCUGUCAAUCAUCCGACAGCAGGCUCUGGUCUACAAACACCUGAGCCCUGCCGACAGGAUGGAGGUGGAGCAGCUUCAGUCUCUGAGGUCGGCAGUCAGAGAGGAACUGCAGGAGCUGGAACAACAGCUGGAAGACAGACUGAUGGAGGUGACACAUCACACACAACACAGGAGUCUCCAUAGAGACGGCAGUGUUGACAGCCUGUCCACCGCCUCUGCACUGAGAGCCAUGGAGCCGGUGUCAGACCUCCUCAGAGAGCAGCUCUACCUCCAAUCUGAGCUCAGCUACGACGGUAAUGCCCCCUCCACCGACUGCUCCUCCCGAUCCUCCAGUCCAGUCCGAGGAGGAAGCGGCGAGCAGAGAGGAGGCGUGUACCGGGCAUCAAUUAACAUAAACCCUGCCCCCCCUCCUCGACCCAACACACACACUGAGGAAGAGAAGGAGGGAGAGAGGGACGGAGGAGGAGGAGAAGGAGGAGAAGUACAAGAGGAGGAGGGAGCAGCAGGAGGAGUCAGAGUGGGGAACCUGCAGCAGCUUAUCAGAGAGAUUCGAGAGAGCGUGGCGCAAGAGGUCCGACAGGAGAUCUACAGCGAGCUGCUGGCUGCCGUGUCGCCACGGCGAUCGCCCCUGCCCGGAAGCAAACCCCCGCAGUAGUCGCGGCAAUAGCAAUGCACCACCCCCUUUCACCUUCAGCCUUAGUAACCACAGCCUGAGCAGCAACGCUGUCUGUCUGUAACACUGUAUAGCUGAGUAACACUGUCUGUGUGAAACACUAUGUGUCUGUAACACUGUAUGUCUGGAACACUGAUGAUGAACUGAGCACACUGCCUACACGUGAUAAACCCCACCCUCCCCAGGUGGGGUGGGAAGGGCCUCAUGGGAUGGGACGUUUACGUGUCUGUUUGGUUCUAAUGUGUUGGUAUGAUGCAUGCUGGGAAAGCCAGUCUGAACCAGCCUGUGCCUGUGAACCAGCAGCGAUGAUGUGUUGUCUUUUCCUCCCAUCUUGUUUUGGUUUUUUAAGCUGUUUUGAUCAAAGCCAGGCCUCUUAACUGCUACACUGCCACUAAUACUACGAGUACUACAACUAGGACUGCUAACAGUCGUACCAGUGCUACCAGUAACACCACUACUAGUCCCAGUCAUUUCCUCAAGCUCUUUUGCCCCAGAUCAAUCCGUCCUGAUGAUGAUGAUAAUAAUAAUAAAUAAUCAGUUGCUUUUAAUUUUAAACAGUCAUUCAUGUAGAAGCCUUAAAGAUGUUAUCAGAGCCACACACAGGACCAACUUCCCUUACAAAUACUGUAUGGGCCUUAAUGAACUAUUGAUCCAAGCUUUUCGUUUGGGGUUCCUUGAUCCUAAAUAAGAGUAAAGUCUUAUGUCAAACGUUUACCCAUUAAACACAUUUAACCUUCUCUUAAAAGGUUAAAGAGAUGAUUUUAAAAAAUAUAUAAUUAAGGGAUUAUGAUCCAACAUCUGUCAACAUUCCUUCAUCAUCAUCAUCAUCAUCAUCAUCAUCGUCAUUGUGCUUUUGUUCCACUUGCCUCAUUCACAGUUGAUUCUGUUUCUGUUUCUGUUUCUUUGUGAUUAGUGCUAAGCUAGGCUAAACACAUCCUGAACUGAAGGGGUUCACAAAAUGUUGGACUGUUCCUUUAAAGGAAUACGCCACCGUUUGUCACGGUCUACCCUGGCUGUAGAUAGGUGGGCCAACACAUUUCUUGUCUCAGUGCAAGUAAUUAGGUUGCAUAUCCCUUUAACACUUUCACUCUUUGCUGUGUGUGUGUGUGUGUGUGUGUGUGUGUGUGUGUGUGUGUGUGUGUGUGUGUGUGUGUGUGUGUGUGUGUGUGUGUGUGUGUGUGUGUGUGUGUGUGUGUGUGUGUGUGUGUAUUGAUUGUUACAGAGCAGGUGAAGAGGUUAGUGUGUUUGUCAUGAGGUACUGUGGAGGUCAAAGCUUACUCUGCAGCAGCAGGUUGAAGUAAGUUGUCAUGGCGACAGUGAUGAUGAUGUUGAUGAUGAUGGUGUAAUGUCAGGUCAUAGGGAGGAGCUUAGCGAGCCGGGUCAUGUAUGGGUGAGCGGGCAGUGUAGCCCAAACCUUAGCUGCGUUAGCAUGUUAGCUUCCCACUGUCCGAUGACAAAUCUGUGUGCAAUAAUACGAACAUAUAUAUUGAUUACUGAGACUAAUGUUAAUAGAGUAUCAGUAAAUCACUGCUAACAUUUUAGGUCAUCUCUGCACCCCUUCAGCACAAACUGUCUACCUGCACGUCUGAUACUAAUUAAUCUGCAGUAGAAACUCUUGAUUUUCCUCCUCUUUGCACAGAAUCCACACAAGUGAUUGAUCACUGACAUUGAAUUACUAAUGACCAUUUCACGAACAUUUAUUUUUUUUCAGCAUUAAUGCCUGUGUAGUGACGUCCCUCGCAGGUUUCCGGAUAAACAGUUAUGGAAAACUGGAAAUCUUGGGAGUAGCUGAGGUGACACAAGCACUCGCACCCACCAUAGCUGAGUGUGAUUGGCUGGGAGACCUGUUAAUCAAGCUAAAAUACUCCUAAAUACCUUUUUUUUUUUUUUUUAUCUUUGUGGAACAAUGAUUUUUAAAAUGUCUAGACAGACACAUUAGAAUUAAAAUGAUCUACUGAAAGCGGAACAUUUUUUGGAAAACAAUUUAUUUACUUUUUGUUGUUGUUGAUGUUCAUUUUUGAUGUUUGGGAAAUAAUUAUACAUGGUGAAGAGAAUCUGAGCUCAAAUGUCCACUUGAUUCUGAGUCACAUCUCACAGUCUUCUCUUCAACACUCUAAUUAAUUAUUAACUGGACCUCUGACCUUUGAUUCCCUUCACCAUUUAAUUACUUUUAUUUGUUUAAAGUGUUUAUCUUUCAUGUCACAAACUUUGCUCUGCUGGACCAACACUCACUGUGAGCUCUGAGGCUCUACGUCCUUUUAUUUUUUUAACUGAUCAAGAAAAUCCUUCACAUUCUUCUAAUUUCACUUCACUGUCUGACUGUUGGUUUCUAUUAAUUUCUGUUGAUGUCUGUUAAUGAUGUUUAUUUUGUAUUGAUGUCUUGUCAGUGGGAUGCAGGGGAGGGAUCACUCUGUAGAGAUGAGAAUAAUAAAGAUGUAUUUAUUUUCAGUACA